AUGACUCUGAACCAUUUGUUUAGAGAAAAAUCAACAGGGCUUAGCCUGCAGCUCCGGAGAGGUGAACCAAGGAAAUUUGAUCCAAAAUUCAGAGGACCCAUUCAUAACAGGCAUUGUACAGAUGUUAUUUGCUGUGUAAUCUUCAUAGUCGUCAUUCUGGGUUACAUUGCAUUAGGAAUUGUGGCUUGUGUGCAUGGCGACCCCAGGAAAGUGGUUUAUCCAACUGACAGCUAUGGGCAGUUCUGUGGUCAAAAAGAUACCCUCAAUGAGAACAAGACCAUUUUGUUUUACUUCAACAUUCUGAAAUGUGCCAGCCCAGCAGUGUUAAUAAACCUACAGUGCCCUACAACACAGCUUUGCGUCUCAAAGUGCCCAGACAGGUUUGCAACCUACAUAGAUGUUCAGGCUUCCUACAGAUAUAAACCAGAUAACUGGAAUUACUUCAAGCAGUUCUGCAAACCUGGUUUUAACAAUCCUCGCAAGUCUGUUGCUCAAGUCCUCCGUGAUGAAGAUUGUCCUUCGAUGAUCAUUCCAAGCAGGCCUUUUCUUAAGAGAUGCUUUCCAGACUUCUCCACAAAGAAUGGUGUGCUGACUGUGGCAAAUCAGACUACCUUCAAGGAUGGAAGAGGGAAAACAAGAAAUGUAACUGAUCUCAGGGAAGCUGCAAAUGGCAUCAAUAUUGUCCUGGAUGCAAGAUCAGUUGGAAUGAAAAUUUUUGAAGAUUAUGCCAGUUCUUGGUAUUGGAUUUUAAUUGGGCUGUUCAUUGCAAUGAUUGUGAGUCUGCUCUUCCUUGUGCUAUUAAGGUUCACAGCCGGGGUCCUUUUCUGGAUCUUCAUCUUUGGAGUGAUCGGAAUUAUAGGAUAUGGCAUCUGGCAUUGUUACUGGGAGUAUAAUCAUCUCAAGGGAAUACCUGGAUCUGACCUCACUGUUUAUGAUAUUGGAUUCCAGACAGACUUCAGAGUGUACCUGCAACUGAGGCAAACAUGGUUAGCAUUUAUGAUAAUACUUUGUGUUGUUGAGGUCAUAAUUAUAUUGAUGCUGAUCUUCCUGAGGAAUCGGAUCCGGAUUGCUAUUGCACUGUUGAAGGAAGGCAGUAGGGCUAUCGGCUAUAUAAUGUCUACGUUGUUCUACCCAGUCGUCACCUUCAUACUCAUUGCAAUUUGCAUUUCCUACUGGGCUGUGACAGCUGUUUUUCUGGCUACAUCAGGAGAGCCUGUGUAUAAGGUAAUGGCUAAUCAAACACUGUGCAAGUAUGCAAACCUGAGUUGUGACCCAGAGACUUUUAACACAACCAACGUGACCAAAUUUUGUCCGGGUGCUCAGUGUACUUUUGCUUUUUAUGGGGGAGAAAGCCUGUAUCAUAAAUACAUCUUCAUCUUUCAGUUAGCCAAUGUCUUUGUCUUUCUUUGGCUGGUAAACUUUGCAAUUGCACUGGGUCAGUGUACCCUUGCUGGUGCCUUUGCCUCUUACUACUGGGCCUUUCGAAAGCCUGCUGAUAUUCCACUGUGGCCGCUCUUCUCUUCAUUUGGGCGAGCAAUACGAUACCAUACAGGUUCACUGGCGUUCGGAGCCUUAAUUCUUGCAAUUGUCCAGCUUAUUAGAGUAAUCUUGGAGUACUUGGAUCAUAAACUGAAAGGUACACAAAACUCCUUCACUAGAUUUCUACUCUGCUGCCUCAAAUGCUGCUUCUGGUGUUUGGAAAAAUUCUUAAAAUUUAUAAACAGAAAUGCCUACAUUAUGAUUGCCAUAUAUGGAAAAAACUUCUGCACCUCAGCAAAGGAGGCGUUCUUCCUGCUCAUGCGUAACGUGGUGAGAGUUGCAGUUCUGGACAAAGUUACGGACUUUCUUUUAUUCCUGGGGAAAAUUCUCGUUGCUGGUGGUGUAGGCGUCCUCGCCUUCUUUUUCUUCACGCAGAGAAUACCAGUGUUUGCAAAGGAAGCACCAACAUUAAAUUACUACUGGGUACCGUUGUUGACUGUCAUUAUUGGCUCCUACCUAAUUGCACAUGGCUUUCCUCCCCGCUUUGGGGUGUGUGUGACUGCACUGCUGCUUGCUGCUUUGGCUGCUUUUGCUGGUGUAAAUUCAGGUGAAGACCUGGAAAGAAAUGAUGGAUCUACAGCAAAACCCUACUUCAUGUCAGCCAGCCUUCACCGAAUUCUGGGAAAGAAGGAGCUAAGCCCCAAGAAGGCAGUGGGAUAACAUACAGCAAACCUCAACAUCAAAACAGUGUCACUUUUAAGCAACACGUGUAAAGUAGGCAAAAGUAAAAACUGUAAAUGAUGCUUCUGGUUAAUGGGUGAUUCUUUUUUCCUUUUGCUUCUGUCUAUAAAAAAUGAGCAGCAUUGGUAACAAUUAACUAGAUAAGUAAAUGCUUAAGCUAACAGCUGUGAAACAAGGCCACAUUUUAGUUUAUAGAGUGCCUAUCAAAAGGAAAAUGUAAAUUUGAAGCUUUUUUAAGUCUAUAAUGAACAAUGUUUUAAUAACUUUUUUAACGCAAGUUGCUGCCUCAAAGGCCAGCAUUUUUGAUAAUGUUUCUUUUUAUAAGUGUAUAUUUGUAAAAGAUAUUCAGGCAAUUUUCUGAAAGCACUACCCUAUAACCUAAUUAGCCAUAAAAAGAUAGUUUCAGAUUUCUAGUUAACCAGCAGAUGGUACUAAAUUUGUAAAUAUGGUGCUAUGAUUGUAUUUUUUUGUACAAGCUGGUUCACAGCCAUUUAAACUGUGUUUAUAUAUGCAUUAAUGAUCCCCUACACUGGAAAAUGUAGUAACAUGUUAAUCAUAUCCACAAGUGUGUAUUUUAAGAAGUGACGAAUGGUACCCUAUAGGCCCAAAGAAGAUAGCCAGAGAAGACUACAGCGGAUGUUGCUUACAGUGAAGUUUUCUGUGAGUUGUGUUUAAAAGAUGAUAUAACCGAGGGAAAGUCCCCUUGCACUUAAUAAGAUUUGUGGCUCUCACAAAUGAGGUUUCAUCUGGUACAAGAUGGCAAAUGUAUCCUUUUCAGCUGAUGUGUAUGCGAGAUGUCCUCGUGUUAAUGUCCCUCUCUCGAGUGAGUCUCUGAUUAUGUGCUACGUUAUGAGGAAGUCGAGCUGUGCUGAAAGGAAAACCAAACGCAGUUUUUCCUCAGAGAAAAGCCUUGGCUGUAUCUGUGCACAAGGAGUUCCCGUCGCCUCUGCCUAGCUCAGAAGGGCUUCUCACGGGACGUUGCAGUGACCGUGCCGAUGCUAAGGGCCAAGCACGCGCUCUUUAGGUCUCCAAACUCUCAGUGGCUCCAGCAGUAAGAUACUUGGAUAA